AUGAAAGUCUGCUCCUACGAUGAAGACAAACCUCAUGAACCAAAAGGCAUGUCCUACAUACAAAAAUUGACUAAUACAAAUAAAAAUGAUCAAAGAAAGGGAAGCACGCCUCAGACAGAUUUGGUCCGAGAUUUCCUCGUUCCCCACCAAAAAGAUAUUUUCCUAGUACAGGAAUCGUUCCCCAAGUUGCUCACUAAUUGCUAUUGGUACAAAGGCUGUUACUUAAAAGUAACGAGUGAAGAAUGA